AUGACACUCACCAUUGGAGGCAAGCGCAAGGAACGUGCUUACUCGGAGCACAAACCGAAAUGGCAGCGGUUCCAGAGUACCUUGAUGGUGCACAGCACGCAAUCGGCGGUCAGUCAGCAAAAGACCAAGCAAAAGACCACCCUGCAUCCCUACCAACGUCAAUACGCCCACGUCUAUCACCAGCGAUUGACAGCGUUGAAACCUCGCUGUUGGCAGGCGGUUAGUGAAGAAGAAAAAGAUGUGGUCAAGGUGGAUCGGGUUUUGGAUUUGCGCGAAAAUGUGCGAUCGGUAGUAGUGGGCACGUUGGUCAAAGAAGGAGGCAACGGUCAAGAGGUACAUCCCCAAUCACGCUGCCAAGCGUCUCAAUCUCUCUUUAUCGAAGAUGAGAGUGGCCGUGCCAAUAUUGACGUGGAAAAUGUGCAUGAUUUUGCGACCGGCAUGGUCUUGGGAUUGCUGGGUGCCGUGGGCAAACAUGGACAUUUUCAAGUGGAGCGUGUCUUUUUUCCGGCAUUGCCACCUCAUCCCACAACAAUUUCUGCUACUACAGACGAUAGCAAAAAUAAGCCUCCGGCAUUGGGCAAUCCUCAUUUAUUGUUGAUUUCCGGAUUGCAUUGUGGCGAUCCCUCCUUGGCACCGGCGCAGCGCCAAAUGUUGUUGGAUUACAUUCGGGGAUCCUUUGGUGAUAACAGUGGCGGUGGUACGAUUUCCCAUGUCAUUAUUGCGGGUGGCAGUACCGUCCUUCACGACGAGCAUCCUACCGUGGCAUUAAAGGAGUUGGAUGGAUUUUGUUUGCAAUUGGGCGCCAUGAAUGUCCCCGUGGAUAUUUUACCCGGCAAGGACGAUCCCACCACGGCCAAUUGGCCCCAACGUCCCCUCCACAAAUCCUUGCUCCAAUACAGCGACCGCAAGGUCCCUCAUUUGGUCUCCCGCGUUCCCAAUCCUUACGGCGCCAUGCAUGCCAACAAGUAUGUUUUGGGAACGGAUGGUACCAAUGCCACCGAUUUGGCACGGCACUUAUUGAAACCGGCCAAAGAAGAGAAACAGUCGGACGACUCGACAACAAAGGAGUCAAAGGACGACAAUACUAAUGAGGAGGAGUCAAACGAGGAACCAACCAUGGUCCCCGUGUCUCAUUUGCAAGCCCUGCGUCGCACGCUCCAGUGCGGCCACAUUUGUCCCACCGGUCCCGAUUCGGUCCCUACCAUGCCGCAUCCCGAAACCGAUCCCAUGGUCCUUCCGGAAACACCUCAUCUCUAUUUUGCCGGCAAUUGCGAUGAGUUUGCAACAGAGGUCAUGACCCAAAAUAAGACGACAUGUCGUUUGGUGUGCAUUCCUCGAUUUGCCGACUCGGGCAAGGUGGUGCUGGUCAAUCUGGACACUAUGGAGGCCAAGGGUGUCCGUGUCGUCGAUCCUGGUGUCUAA